UACUGGCAGAACCGGCAGCUGGGGUCGCAGGCGGCGUACGCGCGGAUGGCGAUCGCGAGCAACAGCUGGACGGAGACGGACGCGGGGAUCCCCGACAAGGACAUCUCGAUCUACACGCUGUCGGAGAACUCGUCGAUCUCGCUGGUCUUCCUGCACCUGCCGGACGGCAACAUGGACGGCACCGGGUUCGCGGCGGACCACAACGACAGCCUGCAGAAGCUGUGGGACGGGGCGAUCGACCACAUCACCACCAUCGACGGCUCCGGCACGACCUACACCCGCGACGAGCUGAUCCACACCCUCACUGCCCUCAUCGACGACUUCCAGCCCGACGAGCUCAAGACCCAGGACUUCCACAACACCUUCGGCGACGGCGACCACAGCGACCACUACGCCACCGCCUUCUUCGCUACCUCCGCCCUGAACGACGCCAGCAGCCACCCCGAUCUGACCGGCUAUGAGGGCUAUGGCAUCAACAACAACCCCGUCAACUUGGAUGCCUCGGACAUCGAGGACAAGACUAACAUCUUCUACGAGUACGCCGUGCAUGACCAGGGCACCUGCAGCUCCUCGACGGGUUGCUCGACGCGACCUGAGAGCGGGUGGUUGCAGAGACAGUACACUAUCUAGAUGGUGGCAUUAUCUUUUUAAAGCCACCGGUUGAAUGUGAGCAUGGGGUGCAUUGGAGUCCAUAUUGAUUGUGGGAUGGACCGUCUGGGACGGGGAUUACGAUAUACACAUGUUUUGCUGAGUUGACGAUGUUAUGCAGAUGCUGCUUAGGUAGAGAUUGGUUAAUGAAUGAUAAAUCGAAGUCACAUGGCCGAGUGCUGGGGUGGAGUUGUGUGCAUUGGCACGGGGUGAAGGG